AUGCGCCGCCUCCUCCUCGUCUCGCUCCUGCUCGCCGCGGCGGCCGCCUUCCCGUUCUCCCUUCGCGCCGCGGUGGCCGCGCGCGAGGACACGUGCCAGUGCGACUGCUGCUACGUCGCGGGCCAGUCCGGGCGCACGCGUUGCGUCCCGCCGGUCGACACCUCCUUCCCCGUCGCGUCAUGCCCCGACUGCAUUGUCUCCGCGUGCGCCACCCGCUUCCCGCUCGCCUGCGCCCAGACCUCGGCCGUCGUCAACACCGACUGCGUCGAGCGCAAGGGCUGGCUCCUCCGCCUCGUCCCCGUCCUCUUCAUCUCCGCCUCCGCGUGCCUCCUCAUCUACGGCUUAUGCUUCAAGACCUACGACGGCUACCACGACGAUAGCCGCCACUCCCCGCAACCCAACCGCUCGCUCACGUCCAGGAUGUCCGGCGGCCUCCUGCCCAACUUCGUCGUCGCCAGGGGCCUGCAGAGCUCGUAUGGUGCCACGCGCCAGGACCCCCAGUUCGAGCCGGAGAGGGCCUCACUUAUUCCCUCCAUUAAUCGCCCUUUGCCCCCGUCCCUGCCUCCUAUUUCGGAGACCGCCGAGUUGCCUCAAGAGGAAUUUCCUUCCGGAAGAGGCUCGAGCCUUGUCGAGGAUGUUAGUGCUGCCUUCGCUGCCGAGAAUCUUACCCUGGGAAGGGAACUGGUUGCCGAGGAUUCUGUUCUUCAGACGGGGGAGGACAUCUCUGCCUAUGGUCAGCACCCUGCGGAACCCGAUGCAAUUCCCGCAGAGCCACCAGCCCUCCCUCCCUCGACUGAUAUUAGAACCAGCCUCGCCCAGACUGCCACUGACGCCACCUCUAAUCACCACGCGCCUCCUCCUACGUCCGCUGCCUCCUCCGCCCCGCACGGGGACUCUUCUCCUGCGGAGGACCUGCACAGUGCUUCUCUCUCUCGGCCUGACAUCUCUUCUGCUGACGCCCAUACUCCUGUUCAUCGGGAGGGCGCGGAGGAGGACGUUUCACCUUCUGUUCCAGUUACAACUGCCGCGUCAGCUGCAGGCGGGUUUUCUUCUGUUCCUGCAUGUGCUGUCUCGGACCAGGACGACCCCUCUAUGCCACCGGUCUCCGCGGACGCGCCAACCUCAUCGAUCAAAGAUGAGGGCGCGGCUGCACAGGCGGCUGCCACCACCGAUGCUAUCUCAUCAGGUGUGUAUCAAGAACAUCCUACCGCACCGGAGCCUCAUACUGAACCAACUCGGGAUGUUGCUCCCGUUACCAAUCCUUUGCUAGCAGAGGCACCGGAGGAACGCGAGACAGAUGAGCGCGCAGUGAUUAGUGCCAGUGAAGCCGACAGUCGCAUGGUUGGUUCAGGCAGGAACGUCGAAGGCGCCAUUGAUGCCAGUGAGGCGGAGAACUUUGCAGUUGGUACCGACGAGGCAGAAAGAGCUGCAGCCGCAGCCCGUGAAGUUCACGACUUCGCCAUCGGUGCUGAUCAGCCCGAGAAAGCGGAACAGGGCGAGGCGCAGCAGCAGAUUCAUGCCAGUGAGGCUAGCGCCGAGCAUAGUGAAGCUGACGAUGUACGUGAGAUCGCUCCCAUCGUUGAUGGGAUAGACCCUCCAACGGAUGAUGUCGAUGUCAAAGAGGAGGGCGCUUCCACAGCUGACCCCACGGAUGAGACGGUGACCGGUCCCGUCGAGGAACGUGGGACUGCUGAGACAGUUGAACGCACACCCGCUACGGCAGGUGAACCUGCGAGCGCGGAGGCAGUCGAGCCCGCAGCCGCUGAGGAGCACGUGCCCGCGGUCGCUGCGGCACACGAGCCAGCGACCGCUGCUGCAACUGAGUCUGCCACCGGAACGCAUGAGCCUCUCACCGGUGAGACGGAUGAGCCGGAAGGCUGUGAAGCAACCGAUCUAGCAGCUGCUGACGCAGACGAGCUUAUGCCCAGCGAGCCAAUUCAGCCUGCAGCGGGCAAGGCAGCUGAGCCUGCAGUCACCGAGGCAAAUAAGCUUGCGACCGCUGAGGCAGUUGAGCCUGCUGUCGCUGAGGCAAAAGAGCCUGCGACUGACGAUGCAGAUGAGCCUGCGGCCGUUGAGGAGGGUGGGCCUUCUGUCGCUGAAGCAGAAGAGCCUGCGGCCGCUGAGGAGGUUGGGCCUGCCGUCGCUGAAGGGGAAGAGUCUGCGACUGACGAUGCAGAUGAGCCUGCAGUCGCUGAUGCGGAAGAGCCUACUUCUGAUGAAGCAGAUGGGCCUGCGGCCGCUGUGGUAGUUGAACCUGCUGUCGCUGAGGCUAGAGUACCUGCGACUGACGCUGAGGCGGAAGAGCCUGCGGCCGCCGAGGAGGUUUGGCCUGUUGACGCUGAGGCGGAAGAGCCUGCAGCCGCCGAGGAGGUUGGGCCUGCUGUCGCUGAGGCAGAAGAGCCUGCGGCCGCCGAGGAGGUUGGGCCUGCUGUCGCUGAGGCAGAAGAGCCUGCGGCCGCCGAGGAGGUUUGGCCUGCUGACGCUGAGGCGGAAGAGCUUGCGGCCGCCGAGGAGGUUUGGCCUGUUGACGCUGAGGCGGAAGAGCCUGCGGCCGCCGAGGAGGUUGAACCUGCUGUCGCUGAGGCUAGAGCGCCUGCGACUGAUGAUGCAGAUGGGCCUGCGGCCGCUGAGGAGGUUGGGCCUGCUGCCACAGAGGCGGAAGAGCCUGGGACUGAUGAAGCAGAUGAGUCUGCUGUCGCUGAUGCAGAAGAGCCUGCAGCCGCUGAGGUAACUGAACCUACUGUCGCUAAAACGGAGGUGCCAGCCAUCAAUGUAGCGAAUGAGCCUGCGGCCGCCGAGGAGGUUUGGCCUGCUGACGCUGAGGCAGAAGAGCCUGCGGCCGCCGAGGAGGUUUGGCCUGCUGACGCUGAGGCGGAAGAGCUUGCGGCCGCCGAGGAGGUUUGGCCUGUUGACGCUGAGGCGGAAGAGCCUGCGGCCGCCGAGGAGGUUGAACCUGCUGUCGCUGAGGCUAGAGCGCCUGCGACUGAUGAUGCAGAUGGGCCUGCGGCCGCUGAGGAGGUUGGGCCUGCUGCCACAGAGGCGGAAGAGCCUGGGACUGAUGAAGCAGAUGAGUCUGCUGUCGCUGAUGCAGAAGAGCCUGCAGCCGCUGAGGUAACUGAACCUACUGUCGCUAAAACGGAGGUGCCAGCCAUCAAUGUAGCGAAUGAGCCUGCGGCCGCCGAGGAGGUUUGGCCUGUUGACGCUGAGGCAGAAGAGCCUGCGGCCGCCAAGGAGGUUGGGCCUGCUGUCGCUGAGGCGGAAGAGCCUGCGGCCGCCGAGGAGGUUGGGCCUGCUGUCGCUGAGGCAGAAGAGCCUGCGGCCGCCGAGGAGGUUGAACCUGCUGUCGCUGAGGCUAGAGCGCCUGCGACUGAUGAUGCAGAUGGGCCUGCGGCCGCUGAGGAGGUUGGGCCUGCUGCCACAGAGGCGGAAGAGCCUGGGACUGAUGAAGCAGAUGAGUCUGCUGUCGCUGAUGCAGAAGAGCCUGCAGCCGCUGAGGUAACUGAACCUACUGUCGCUAAAACGGAGGUGCCAGCCAUCAAUGUAGCGAAUGAGCCUGCGGCCGCCGAGGAGGUUUGGCCUGUUGACGCUGAGGCGGAAGAGCCUGCGGCCGCCAAGGAGGUUGGGCCUGCUGUCGCUGAGGCGGAAGAGCCUGCGGCCGCCGAGGAGGUUGGGCCUGCUGUCGCUGAGGCAGAAGAGCCUGCGGCCGCCGAGGAGGUUGAACCUGCUGUCGCUGAGGCUAGAGCGCCUGCGACUGAUGAUGCAGAUGGGCCUGCGGCCGCUGAGGAGGUUGGGCCUGCUGCCACAGAGGCGGAAGAGCCUGGGACUGAUGAAGCAGAUGAGUCUGCUGUCGCUGAUGCAGAAGAGCCUGCAGCCGCUGAGGUAACUGAACCUACUGUCGCUAAAACGGAGGUGCCAGCCAUCAAUGUAGCGAAUGAGCCUGCGGCCGCUGAGGUGGUGGAACCUGCUGUCGCUGGGGCGGAAGAGCGUGCGACUGACAAUGCAGAUGAACCUGCGGCUGCUGUGGCGGUUGAAUCUGCUGUCGCUGGGGAGGAAGAGCCCGCCAUCAAUGUAGCAGAUGAACCUGCGGCCGCUGUGGAGGUUGGGCCUGCUGUCACAGAGGCGGAAGAGCCUGAGACUGAUGAAGCAGAUGUGUCUGCAGUCGCUGAUGCAGAAGAGCCUGCAGUCGCUGAUGCAGAAGAGCCUGCGGCCGCUGAGGCAGUGGAAACUGCUGUCGCUGGAGCGGAAGAGCCUGCGACUGACGAUGCAGAUGAACCUGCAGCUGCUGUGGCGGUUGAAUCUGCUGUCGCUGGGGCAGAAGAGCACGCCAUCAAUGUAGCAGAUAAACCUGCGGCCGCUGAAGCAGUUGACUCUGCUGUCGUUGAAGCGAGAGGGCCCGCGACUGACGAUGCAGAUGAACCUGCGGCCGCUGAGGCGGAAGAGCCUGUGACUGAUGAUGCAGACGAGCCGACGGCCGCUGACGUAACUAAACCUAUUGUCGCUGAAGAGCCCGUGACUGAUAAGGCAGAUGAAGGUACAGUCGCUGAGGUAACUGAAGCUGCAGUUGCUGCGGCAGACAAACCUGCGACUGAUGAGACGGAUGAAUCUGCGACCGCUGAGACAGGUGAGCCUGUGGCUGAUGAAGCAGUUGAGCUAACAGUCGCUGAGACAGACGAGCCUACGACCGGUGGGACAGAUGAGCCUACGACCGGGGGGGCAGAUGAGCCUAUGACCGAUUGGGCGGAUGAGGAUAUUCCCGCUGACCAAACAGGUGUGGAGGAGGGCCCCGGGGAACUCUGUUUCGAUGGAAACAAUGCCUCUAACCUAUCUUCAGCCAGAGCUGGCGUUGAUACGGCAAUUCAUGAAAACAGUGAAGCUCGAGAUUCGAGCCAAGCAGACGAAGGCAAUACUGUCUUAACCCCGCAAGACGCGUCUCAUGAGCAAACACAAGCACAGACACCAGCUGUUACGCUGCCUGUCAAAGAAGCAGCCCAGUUUUCGUCGAGGGCAACACCAGAACAUGAAAGUACCAAGAACGAAGAUGCGGCUCCGUCGGAAGAGGAUGUGCCUGGAAAGAGUGACGUACUGGCUGUUCUCACGCAAUUACAUGCAGCGACGGAAGGUGUGAAGGCUGCUGUUGCUGGCGCUGCCCGUUCACAGAACGCUGACGAUGAUGGUGACGAUGACGUUGACCACUCUGACCAAAACAUCACCGAAGGCCAGUUUGGCAUUGACAUGCCGGCGAAUGAGCUUGAGGAGAUGGACGACAGUGUCGAGCCAGCGUAUGUCGGCCAGACUGACAACGGCAAGGUGGAGGUGCAUCCUGCUGUAUAGAGUACCGAUGUCUGUGCGACGAGUGAGAUGUUUGUUUCGGGCAAGGGUUCGGAGAAACAGUAGUAUUCCUACUUGGCUAUGUUCGCGAAAGUAUUACUAUCGUGUACAAUUGACGAUUUCAAGCAACCCACGGACCAGGACGAACAGCCGACCCUUUCUUACGUGUUUCUGUACAUGUGCACCCGACUGUAAUGGUACUUGGUGUCUUUCCCAUGAUCCCUGUGAGCAUCUGUUGAAGAAAUAGUUUGAAGCUUCUAACGUCGAAGUGCUUUCCGUGGAAGCGGGCAUUUCGGGGACGUCAUCGACGUAUUGUUUCAGUCUGUAUCGACUCGUGGAACAUCGCACUGCGUAGGUACCCUUUGAACCAAUGGCUAUUGAAUUCUGUGUCCCUGGGUGGUCGCCUUUUUUUCGAUAAGACCAUGACAAGAGUGUUUCCCAAUGGAGAUGCCAAUGGAUUAUUUGAACUGGUCUGGGAGCAUACCGUAUGAGCAUACAUGCGGUCAAACUGACAUUUGCACAAGAUUUUUAAUCAUGCUUCGCCCUGCAAGUGGUUGUACGUAAAGUAGGUAGUGCGUUGAAGUAGUAACGGCUGUCGUUGGAUCGGCGAACGUUGAGUAUCUCCUCGUUUUUUCGGUUCGUUUGCUGUGAAGGCGAUACCUGUACUGACAGUCAGCAAAGAAAGACUAGGUCGUUCUGAAGCUUUCGCGGAACGGCGCAAUGUCGAAACUUCGAUUCAUGAUUUUG